GAAUGCAGUUUUUGUGAGGAUCCUCGCUUCGCCAGGACUGGUGUGUGCAUUAGUUGUGACGCUGGGAUGUGCAGAGCUUACUUCCACGUGACCUGUGCUCAGAAGGAAGGCCUCCUCUCGGAAGCAGCGGCAGAAGAGGACAUAGCUGACCCUUUUUUUGCUUAUUGUAAACAGCAUGCGGACAGGUUAGACAGAAAAUGGAAGCGGAAGAACUACUUGGCAUUACAGUCUUACUGUAAAAUGUCCUUGCAGGAAAGAGAAAAACAGCUCUCGCCAGAAGCUCAGGCUCGGAUCAAUGCCAGGCUACAGCAGUACCGUGCCAAGGCGGAGCUGGCCCGCACCACCAGGCCGCAGGCCUGGGUGCCCCGGGAGAAGCUGCCGCGGCCGCUGACGAGCAGCGCGUCGGCCAUACGCAAGCUCAUGCGCAAGGCCGAGCUGAUGGGCAUCAGCACCGACAUUUUUCCGGUGGACACUUCAGAUACUAGUUCCAGUGUCGAUGGGAGAAGAAAACAUAAACAGCCAGCUCUCACUGCUGAUUUUGUGAAUUAUUACCUGGAGCGGAAUAUGCGCAUGAUUCAAAUCCAGGAGAAUAUGGCUGAACAGAAGAAUAUCAAGGAUAAAUUAGAAAAUGAGCAAGAAAAGCUUCAUGUGGAGUAUAAUAAGCUGUGUGAGUCCUUGGAAGAGCUACAAAAUAUGAAUGGAAAACUGCGCAAUGAAGGGCAAGGCAUUUGGGCUCUGCUGGGUAGAAUCAUUGGACAGAAAUUGAACAUACCAGCAAUUUUACGUGCUCCUAAGGAAAGGAAACCAAGUAAAAAGGAAGGAGGAACACAAAAGACAUCUACGCUUCCAGCCGUGCUUUAUAGUUGUGGAAUUUGCAAGAAGAACCAUGAUCAACACCUACUGCUGCUGUGUGAUACUUGUAAACUCCAUUAUCAUCUUGGUUGCCUGGAUCCACCUCUUACAAGGAUGCCAAGGAAGACCAAGAACAGUUACUGGCAGUGCUCAGAGUGUGACCAGGCAGGUAGCAGUGACAUGGAGGCUGAUAUCGCCAUGGAAACCUUACCAGAUGGGACCAAAAGAUCAAGGAGGCAGAUUAAGGAACCAGUGAAAUUUGUUCCUCAGGAUGUGCCGCCAGAACCGAAGAAAAUUCCAAUCAGAAACACG